CAGCAUGGAAGUGGUGGGUCUCCUGUGUGUGUUGGCGGCGGUUCUUACAUGGGCUUUUCUCUGCGUUUGGGACUCCGCAGAACGAAUGAGAACUUCUGAGCAGGCAUGCCUGCUGAGAUCCGGAAGCCGAACCCUUCUUGUAAUCGCGCACCCCGACGAUGAAGCCAUGUUCUUUGCUCCCACAGUGCUAGGCUUGACUCGCCUUAAGCACCGGGUGUCCCUGCUCUGCUUCUCUGCAGGAAAUUACUACAAUCAAGGAGAGAUUCGUAAGAAAGAACUUUUGCAGAGCUGUGAUGUUUUGGGGAUUCCGCCCUCUCGCGUAAUGAUUAUUGAUGACAGUGAUUUCCCAGAUGACCCAGGAGUGCAGUGGAACACAGAGGGUGUGGCCAACAUUCUCCUCCAGCAUGUAGAGGUCAAUGACAUCAACCUGGUGGUGACUUUUGAUGCAGGGGGAGUCAGUGGUCACAGCAAUCACAUUGCUCUGUACACAGCCGUGAGGGCCCUGCACUCAGAAGGGAAGUUCCCUAAAGGGUGUUCUGUGCUCACACUUCAGUCUGUGAAUGUGCUGCGUAAAUAUCUCUCCCUCCUGGACCUGCUGUGGUCUCUGCUGAAUACUCAGGAUGUCCUCUUCGUGCUCACCAGCGAAGAAGUGGCACAGGCCAAGAGAGCCAUGUACUGCCAUGGAAGCCAACUCCUCUGGUUCCGCCGCCUCUAUAUUCUCUUCUCCAGGUACAUGAGAAUCAACUCACUGCACUUCCUCUAAGGCUUUGAAGAGUUUUCAGAUCUAAGGAACAAAGGAGAGAAGUAGACCAGGAAGACAAGGGGCCUACCUGGAGAUGGCUUAUCUUCCUGAGCCAAAGGAGCUCCCAGCUAAGCAUCUCUGCAAAAGGUGGCCAUGUAGGCCAGCGGGCCACCCAAACUUUGACUUCUUCCUCUGGGGGCAGAAAAAACCCUGAAGAACCAAAAACAAACCAACCCAAGGAUAAUUCAAAUUCUUGUGAAAAAUAAUUUGCAUAAUGACAAAGUAUAUGUGAAACACCUAUCACACAGCCUGGACAAGUUGCUAUAAAUGAAUGCAAAAUGAUCUAAAAAUGCUUCACAGGUAGGAUUUUUACAUUGCUUCUGAAGUAGGCUGCCUUAUUCAGUUUUUGGUUGAUAUAAGAAAUAUAUUAACCAGGUUCAUGGCGCAUACCUGUAAUUCCAGCAACUCAGGAGGCUGAGGCAGGAAGAUCCUCCCAAAUUCAAGGUCAGCCUUGGCAACUUAGCAAGACCCUAUCUCAAAAUAUAAAAUAAAAAAGGACUGAGGAUGUAGCUCACUGUACCCUUGGGUUCAAUCCCCAGUACCAAAAGAAAAAUACACAACACACAAAUGUAACAAUUUGUAUUGAAUUAGUUCAACCAUAAUUUCCUACAUUUUUUGUGACCUAUUUACCUAUUUGUCAGAACUAGGGAAAUCACCCUAUUUAACGUGACAGUUGAUUGGUGCACGCAAGUACCCUUCACAGUGGUGGGCUCUGUUGUAUGCAGAACUGACUGCAUGAGCCAGACUCUCAGACAGCUUAUAACUGAAUAUCUCAGCUCAGUCUUUCGGGAGAAAUAGAAAAUAGGAAGAUAAGUCUGGAACUUAAAAAAAAAAAAAAGUAAGAACCUGAUGUCUUUGAAUUGUCCUGCAAAUAAAACUUUCUGAGAGGACUGGCAUAGAAGCUAAGUCCAGCUUAUGGUCCAGAAAAGUACCUGAGGCAGGGAAGCUUAAUGGUGAAUAGAAAGGCACAUGGCUGUGGGUUUGAAACCAGAAUGACAAGCAACACACCUAUGACAAGACACCAGAUUCUCUACCUCAAUUCUCUUAUCUGCAGAAUGGGGAAGAAUAAUGGUCUAACUUCAGAAAAGAGAACUAUACAUUAGGGUACAUAACAAAGACUAUCCCUCACAGUGCCAGGAAAGAUUAGCUGCUGUUUUUCUGAGAAAGAAUCAAGUAGACCUUGGUAUGCAUUGCCUGCCCAGUGAGUAUUCCCCUACCUGCCACAUAAAACACUGAAUUGCUUUCUCCAUAGCAACAGGUUGGAGAUCUACUUAUUUAGACUUUCCACCCAACUUGGACCACUUUACUCAGUGUCACCAUUGUUUUGUAGGCAUCCUAAGGCCACAUGAGACUGACAGAGCUAUUAGCCCUGCAGAUGGAAUUGAAAAUACAAAUCUGGUAUGUGAUUUGUCCAUUCAAAAUUUGUCAGUAUCUCCUAAAAUCUUUCAUAUAAAAGUAUGACCAAAAGCAAGCUACUACUGCCGGCUGGGGUUGUAGCUGUGGUAGAGUACUUGCCUAGCAUGUGUGAGGCCCUGGGUUCGAUUCUCAGCACUGCAUAUAAAUAAAUAAAAA